AUGACAGUGACAACGAUUAAAGACGGCGAAUACACUGCCACUGUCUACAAAAUGGUGAGAAGUUGCUCGCUUGCAUAGCUAACGUUACAUGCCGUGGAUACUAACGCUAGCCAUGAUAGCUAGCUAGCUAAUGAAACUGGUUAUUUGAACUUGUGGUUUUCGUAUAGCUAGCUAACGUUACAAUACGAAUUAACAAAUUGGGGCUUUAACAAGCUAGUUAACUUUGAUUAAGCUAGCUUGACAGGCCCUUCUAUUUCAAGGCUCAGGCUAUAGCGUAACGCGAGCUAACGAACUAAGCGUGUGACAACAUAGCUAGCUAGAUAGCUAAUGUAUUAUUUUAUAACUAGCUGCUAACUCUGUUCUCCUCCUAUAGAUCAAAGAUGGGCGGUAUGGAGAGGCCAUCCACAUCCUCAGCCAUGAACUGCAGAAACAGAUGAAGGUAGUGUGUGUGUGUGUGUGUGUGUGUGUGUGUGUGUGUGUGUGUGUGUGUGUGUUGUUCCUGUAAAGGUGACUCAUUGACAUCAGUGCACUGCACACACACCUUCACCUGAUAGAUGUAUUGAACUGUUCAUUCAAUACGUUGUAGUUUCUAGGUAGAUUGUUCCUAGUCAGUUCUGAUCCACGUGCAUAUUUGCUAUGCUGCAUUUGCGAGUAGUUCAUAGUCAAAUCUGGCAAAGUCCACCCGACUGACACACAUAAUAUUAUUGUGAUACUACAGAUCUUGCUAUGUUUAGAGAGGAUCCCUAAGAUCCACAACACACCACCAUGUCUGAUAACCACCCAUAUCUGCUUGCUCGGAGGGGUUGGGAUAAAGCAGAAGACACAUCCAUUGGACAUUCGUGUACAUCACUGGCAGCCUGGUCCCAGAUUUUUUACAUUUGAGUCAUUUUAGCAGAUGCUCAUAUCCAGAGCGACUUACAGUUAGUGAGUGCAUACAUUUUUCAUACUGAUCUGUUGUCUCCUUCUAUAGCCUGGUCCCAGAUCUGUUGUCUCCUUCUAUAGUCUGGUCCCAGAUCUGUUGUCUCCUUCUAUAGCCUUGUCCCAGAUCUGUUUAUGCUCUUGCCAACUCCAUUGCUGUCAUCACCAAGCCAAUGUUUAGCAUGCCAAUGAGUGACAAGGGGUUGUCAUGAUAGCACAAACAGACUGUCCCUCAGGCUAUCUCAUUGGACAAUACAUCUAGGGCUCGAUUCAAUCCGUAUCGGCGAAGUUCAGCGCUAUAGCGUUCUUGAAAAUGUAAAGGGAAUUUCCGAUUGAGCCGAUAGAAUGCAGCGUUUACCGUGAAUGCAGUCUCAUGGAACGCAGGAACAUUUGCCUUUUUAACUGUCAAUCGCCCUAUAGUGCUGAACUUGUUAUCCUCCUCCUCCUCCUCCUCCUCCUCCUCCCAGUCGCGGGCAGCCCUGUCUCUGCUGGGGUACUGCUACUACCACAUGCAGGACUUUACCAACGCAGCAGAGUGCUAUGAGCAGCUGACCCAGCUACACCCCGAGGUGGAGGAGUACAAGCUGUAUUACGCCCAGUCUCUGUACGGGGCCUGUGCCUACCCCGAUGCCAUGAAGGCUACCUUUCUACUGGACAACCCUACCAGCCACACCAAGGUACAGUUCCUACAUUCAGUUAGAAUACCAAGGUAGAGUUAUAAUCAGUGUUUUCAUUUGAGCCGGAUCAUGACGCGAGGAUCCGGCACCUCUCAGUUUUGGACUGUUUUGUUCCGGAACCCAUUUGCCAGGAUCCGGUACCUCUCGUGGCAUGAAACAUAAUUUUCACUGUUUGCAAUUUAACAAUUCUAAUAAAAGCAAGCAGAGUUCAUUCAAGUUGACUCCUCUGUAAUUCUCCUGCCCCGUAAAAAAAAAAGUAAUGUGAAAACGUGUCUGAUAUUCUAAGAAUUGAUUAGUGUUGCGCUGGCCCGGGUUUAUGGUUUGCGCAACAUUGUAGCCAAUAUAGACCAACGUGUGGCCAUUGCUGUGGUGAGAGAGAGAAGAAAGCCUGCAUCUCUCACAGGACUAGAGGGACAUUCACUUUCUAUGAUCUCUCUCCCUCUCUCUGCUAUGAUAGACAUGAGUCUGCAACUCUCAUCUCUCCAGCGUUGCACUCAUUUAUUUCCUUAUAGAAUCAUAGCAAUGGGAAGGGUGCUGGAGGUACCGUAGAACCCCUGAUAAAUUGAAAUACAUUUGCCAAAGUUAUAGAAUUACUGCUGUCUGUUCAGAAAGAAAUUAAAUAAUUCCGAAUAUUACACUAGGAGUAGGCCUAUAAUUUAGCCACAGAGGAUCAAUAGUUACUUUUUUUAAAGCCUAGCUGUGGAUUAUGUGUAGCCCCAUCACAAGGCAACACGUGGCAAAUCAGUCAGUAAACAGCAUGCAGUAUUUCAAAUACAAUCGCGGGAAAACACAGGUUGGAAAGAAAACGGAUCCUGCUGAAAAGAGAAGACUAUGCUGUAGGCUACCAAAUACAUUAUCAACUUCCAAAUAGGCCUAUUGAGCGAACAGCAUUGUUUUACAAAGUAGAACGAGAGAGAGAGAGAGGCUUUUGGCACUAGCGCAUCGGCCAUCACCAGUGAGUGAGCUGCAUCAUUGGGUGAGUCAGUGAAACUGGAAAGCUUUUUUAGGACUAAUUUCCUCAUAUUGUACAACAUAAGACUCCUGAACAGCUAAUCAUGGCUACCCAGACUAUUUGCACUGCCCCCCCACCCCAUCCUUUUUACGCUGCUGCUACCCUGUUAAGUAUUUAUGCAUAGUCACUUUAACUCUACCCACAUGUACAUAUUACCUCAACUACCUCAACUAGCCGGUGCCCCCGCACAUUGACUCUGCAACGGUACCCCCCUGUAUAUAUAGCCUCCCUACUGUCACUUUAUUUUACUUCUGCUCUUUUUUUUCUCAACACUUUUUUGUUGUUGUUGUUGUUCUAUUCUUACUUUUUUUGUUUAAAAUAAAUGCACUGUUGGUUAAGGGCUGUAAGUAAGCAUUUCACUGUAAUGUCUGCACCUGUUGUAUUCGGCGCAUGUGACCAAUAAAAUUUGAUUUGAUUUGAUGUGUGUCUCCACACACCUAGGCCUAGGCUAUUGAUACAAGGUCUAUCAAGACAAGGUCGUUUUUAUUGAUCUCAGAUUCUCAGUUUGGCAAUGUCAUAGUAGCCUGUCAUUUCAAUCUUUUGUGAGGGAUUAAAAAAUAUUCUGUUAAAGUCUCCAGUCAAAAUUCUAGCAAAGUGCAUAGCGCAUAGAAUUAAAAAGGUAUUGUCGGAUAUUAUUCAUUCUAAUCAGACAGGUUUUUUUACAUGGAAGAUACAUUGGAGAUAAUAUAAGGCAAGUAUUGGAAACAAUAGAACACUAUGGAAAAUAUGGGAAACCAGGCCUGCUAUUCAUAGUAGACUUCGAAAAGGCAUUUGAUAAAGUACGACUGGGGUUUAUAUACAGUGGGGGAAAAAAAGUAUUUAGUCAGCCACCAAUUGUGCAAGUUCUCCCACUUAAAAAGAUGAGAGAGGCCUGUAAUUUUCAUCAUAGGUACACGUCAACUAUGACAGACAAAAUGAGGGAAAAAAAUCCAGAAAAUCACAUUGUAGGAUUUUUUAUGAAUUUAUUUGCAAAUUAUGGUGGAAAAUAAGUAUUUGGUCAAUAACAAAAGUUUCUCAAUACUUUGUUAUAUACCCUUUGUUGGCAAUGACACAGGUCAAACGUUUUCUGUAAGUCUUCACAAGGUUUUCACACACUGUUGCUGGUAUUUUGGCCCAUUCCUCCAUGCAGAUCUCCUCUAGAGCAGUGAUGUUUUGGGGCUGUCGCUGGGCAACACAGACUUUCAACUCCCUCCAAAGAUUUUCUAUGGGGUUGACAUCUGGAGACUGGCUAGGCCACUCCAGGACCUUGAAAUGCUUCUUACGAAGCCACUCCUUCGUUGCCCGGGCGGUGUGUUUGGGAUCAUUGUCAUGCUGAAAGACCCAGCCACGUUUCAUCUUCAAUGCCCUUGCUGAUGGAAGGAGGUUUUCACUCAAAAUCUCACGAUACAUGGCCCCAUUCAUUCUUUCCUUUACACGGAUCAGUCGUCCUGGUCCCUUUGCAGAAAAACAGCCCCAAAGCAUGAUGUUUCCACCCCCAUGCUUCACAGUAGGUAUGGUGUUCUUUGGAUGCAACUCAGCAUUCUUUGUCCUCCAAACACGACGAGUUGAGUUUUUACCAAAAAGUUAUAUUUUGGUUUCAUCUGACCAUAUGACAUUCUCCCAAUCCUCUUCUGGAUCAUCCAAAUGCACUCUAGCAAACUUCAGACGGGCCUGGACAUGUACUGGCUUAAGCAGGGGGACACGUCUGGCACUGCAGGAUUUGAGUCCCUGGUGGCGUAGUGUGUUACUGAUGGUAGGCUUUGUUACUUUGGUCCCAGCUCUCUGCAGGUCAUUCAGUAGGUCCCCCCGUGUGGUUCUGGGAUUUUUGCUCACCGUUCUUGUGAUCAUUUUGACCCCACGGGGUGAGAUCUUGCGUGGAGCCCCAGAUCGAGGGAGAUUAUCAGUGGUCUUGUAUGUCUUCCAUUUCCUAAUAAUUGCUCCCACAGUUGAUUUCUUCAAACCAAGCUGCUUACCUAUUGCAGAUUCAGUCUUCCCAGCCUGGUGCAGGUCUACAAUUUUGUUUCUGGUGUCUUUUGACAGCUCUUUGGUCUUGGCCAUAGUGGAGUUUGGAGUGUGACUGUUUGAGGUUGUGGACAGGUGUCUUUUAUACUGAUAACAAGUUCAAACAGGUGCCAUUAAUACAGGUAACGAGUGGAGGACAGAGGAGCCUCUUAAAGAAGAAGUUACAGGUCUGUGAGAGCCAGAAAUCUUGCUUGUUUGUAGGUGACCAAAUACUUAUUUUCCACCAUAAUUAGCAAAUAAAUUCAUUAAAAAUCCUACAAUGUGAUUUUCUGGAGAAAAAAAUCUCAUUGGAGAAAAAAAAUUUGUCUGUCAUAGUUGACGUGUACCUAUAAUGAAAAUUACAGGCCUCUCUCAUCUUUUUAAGUGGGAGAACUUGCACAAUUGGUGGCUGACUAAAUACUUUUUUCCCCCACUGUAUAAAUGCCUGGAGCAUUUCAAUUGUGGAGAAUCUCUUAUAAAAUGGGUCAAAAUCAUGUAUAGUAACCCUAGGUGUAAAAUAGUAAAUAAUGGCUAUUUCUCAGAAAGUUUUAAACUGUCAAGAGGAGUGAAACAAGGUUGUCCACUAUCGGCAUAUCUAUUUAUUGUGGCCAUCGAGAUGUUAGCUAUUAAAAUCAGAUCCAACAAUAAUAUCAGAGGAUUAGAAAUUCAGGGCUUAAAAACAAAGGUGUCAUUGUACGCUGAUGAUUCAUGUUUUCUUUUAAAUCCACAACUAGAAUUCCUCCACAGCCUCAUAGAGGAUCUAGAUACAGUGGGGAAAAAAGUAUUUAGUCAGCCACCAAUUGUGCAAGUUCUCCCACUUAAAAAGAUGAGAGAGGCCUGUAAUUUUCAUCAUAGGUACACGUCAACUAUGACAGACAAAAUGAGGGGAAAAAAUCCAGAAAAUCACAUUGUAGGAUUUUUUAUGACUUUAUUUGCAAAUUAUGGUGGAAAAUAAGUAUUUGGUCAAUAACAAAAGUUUCUCAAUACUUUGUUAUAUACCCUUUGUUGGCAAUGACACAGGUCAAACAGUUUCUGUAAGUCUUCACAAGGUUUUCACACACUGUUGCUGCAAUGUGAUUUUCUGGAAAAAAAAUCUCAAUUUGUCUGUCAUAGUUGACGUGUACCUAUGAUGAAAAUUACAGGCCUCUCUCAUUUUUUUAAGUGGGAGAACUUGCACAAUUGGUGGCUGACUAAAAACUGUUUUCCCCCACUGUAUAUAAAAAACAUGGGGGAUUGGAAGUGAUGCAGACAAUUACAUUGAUAGAAGAUACAAUUGAUACAAUCUAUCUGCAAUAUUAAGCUGAUCUAAAAAAAAAAAAAAAAACAGCAGUUAGUUAUAAUGUUUACUACCAGCCCCACCAGGUAGAGUUAUAAUGUUUACUACCAGCCCCACCAGGUAGAGUUAUAAUGUUUACUACCAGCCCCACCAGGUAGAGUUAUAAUGUUUACUACCAGCCCCACCAGGUAGAGUUAUAAUGUUUACUACCAGCCCCACCAGGUAGAGUUAUAAUGUUACUACCAGCCCCACCAGGUAGAGUUAUAAUGUUUACUACCAGCCCCACCAGGUAGAGUUAUAAUGUUUACUACCAGCCCCACCAGGUAGAGUUAUCCACACUGAGAUAUAAUUAUAUUCUCUUGGUUCUUUUCUCUCUUCUGACCCAUGUUCUGUCCAUCUCUCCCACAGAUGAUCAAACUGCAGGCAGCCAUCAAAUACGGAGAAGAGGAGUACUCUGGAGCGAAGGUUAGUACAGUGAGGGAAAAAAGUAUUUGAUCCCCUGCUGAAUUUGUACGUUUGCCCACUGACAAAGACAUGAUCAGUCUAUAAUUUUAAUGGUAGGUUUCUUUGAACAGUGAGAGACAGAAUAACAACAAAAAAAUCCAGAAAAACGCAUGUCAAAAAUGUUAUAAAUUGAUUUGCAUUUUAAUGAGGGAAAUAAGUAUUUGACCCCUCUGCAAAACAUGACCUAGUACUUGGUGGCAAAACCCUUGUUGGCAAUCACAGAUGUCAGACGUUUCUUGUAGUUGGCCACCAGGUUUGCACACAUCUCAGGAGGGAUUUUGUCCCACUCCUCUUUGCAGAUCUUCUCCAAGUCAUUAAGGUUUCGAGGCUGACGUUUGGCAAUUCGAAUCUUCAGCUCCCUCCACAGAUUUUCUAUGGGAUUAAGGUCUGGAGACUGGCUAGGCCACUCCAGGACCUUAAUGUGCUUCUUCUUGAGCCACUCCUUUGUUGCCUUGGCCGUGUGUUUUGGGUCAUUGUCAUACUGGAAUACCCAUCCACAACCCAUUUUCAAUGCCCUGGCUGAGGGAAGGAGGUUCUCACCCAAGAUUUGACGGUACAUGGCCCCGUCCAUCGUCCCUUUGAUGUGGUGAAGUUGUCCUGUCCCCUUAGCAGAAAAACACCCCCAAAGCAUAAUGUUUCCACCUCCAUGUUUGACGGUGGGGAUGGUGUUCUUGGGGUCAUAGGCAGCAUUCCUCCUCCUCCAAACACGGCGAGUUGAGUUGAUGCCAAAGAGCUCGAUUUUGGUCUCAUCUGACCACAACACUUUCACCCAGUUCUCCUCUGAAUCAUUCAGAUGUUCAUUGGCAAACUUCAGACGGGCCUGUAUAUGUGCUUUCUUGAGCAGGGGGACCUUGCGGGCGCUGCAGGAUUUCAGUCCUUCACGGCGUAGUGUGUUACCAAUUGUUUUCUUGGUGACUAUGGUCCCAGCUGCCUUGAGAUCAUUGACAAGAUCCUCCCGUGUAGUUCUGGGCUGAUUCCUCACCGUUCUCAUGAUCAUUGCAACUCCACGAGGUGAGAUCUUGCAUGAUGCCCCAGGCCGAGGGAGAUUGACAGUUCUUUUGCGUUUCUUCCAUUUACGAAUAAUCGCACCAACUGUUGUCACCUUCUCACCAAGUUGCUUGGCGAUGGUCUUGUAGCCCAUUCCAGCCUUGUGUAGGUCUACAAUCUUGUCCCUGACAUCCUUGGAGAGCUCUUUGGUCUUGGCCAUGGUGGAGAGUUUGGAAUCUGAUUGAUUGAUUGCUUUUGUGGACAGGUGUCUUUUAUGCAGGUAACAAGCUGAGAUUAGGAACACUCCCUUUAAGAGUGUGCUCCUAAUCUCAGCUCGUUACCUGAAUAAAAGACACCUGGGAGCCAGAAAUCUUUCUGAUUGAGAGGGGGUCAAAUACUUAUUUCCCUCAUUAAAAUACAAAUCAAUUUAUAACAUUUUUGACAUGCGUUUUUCUGGAUUGUUUUGUUGUUAUUCUGUCUCUCACUGUUCAAAUAAACCUACCAUUCAAAUUAUAGACUGAUCAUUUCUUUGUCAGUGGGCAAACGCGCAAAAUCAGCAGGGGAUCAAAUACUUUUUUCCCUCACUGUAGCUACUAGUAUUGGACAUAUACUGGACUUGGCCAUGACUAGAACCAUGACUAGAACCAUAACUAGAACCAUGACUAGAACCAGAACUAAAGACCAAAAACAUGUACCUGGUGGUUACUUUUUGCGGUCAGGAGAAAUUAAUAUAACCCCUUGUAACCCCUUAUAACUCCUUUUCUCCAUGAAUAUGCCCUUACGACUCCCUAUAACGCUUUAUGACCUCUUAUAACCCCUUCAUGAACCCUCUCCCUGUCAGACAUUGGUAGAGCAGCUUCCCCAGGACGACCCAGACUAUGAGGUGGACAUGGGCUGUCUACUCUACAAGGAGGGGGAGUACGAGGAGGCCUGCAAGAAGUUCAUGUCUGCCAUGCAGGUGCUGGGAUACCAACCAGGUAACUGCACACACAAAGGAAACCUUUUGACCUUUUGGAUAUCCUAAAAGUCUCUUGAAAGUUGCUGAAUCUCUCUCUCCCUCCUCCCUCUUCCCUCUCCUCUCUCUCCCUCCCUCCUCCCUCUCCCUGCUCCCUAUCUCCCUCCUCCCUCCCUCUCUCUCUUCCUUCCUGUCUCAGACCUGUCCUACAACAUAGGUCUGUGCUACUAUAGCAUGAAACAGUAUGCUCAGGCCCUCAAAUUCAUCGGAGAGAUCAUCGAGAGAGGGAUCAGGGAGCAUCCAGGUAAAACGGGUCACCUGUUUAGUUAGAUACCUGAUCACAAGGCCAGCACACCUGUUUAGUUAGAUACCUGAUCAUAUCUCUAAAGACCAGCACACCUGUUUAGUUAGAUACCUGAUCAUAUCUCUAAAGACCAGCACACCUGUUUAGUUAGAUACCUGAUCAUAUCUCUAAAGGUCAGCACACCUGUUUAGUUAGAUACCUGAUCACAAGGCCAGCACACCUGUUUAGUUAGAUACCUGAUCACAUCUCUAAAGACCAGCACACCUGUUUAGUUAGAUGCCUGAUCACAUGUCAAAAGGUCAGCACACCUGUUUAGUUAGAUACCUGAUCACAUCUCUAAAGGCCAGCACACCUGUUUAGUUAGAUACCUGAUCACAUCUCUAAAGGUCAGCACACCUGUUUAGUUAGAUACCUGAUCACAAGGCCAGCACACCUGUUUAGUUAGAUACCUGAUCACAUCUCUAAAGGUCAGCACACCUGUUUAGUUAGAUACCUGAUCACAUGUCAAAAGGUCAGCACACCUGUUUAGUUAGAUACCUGAUCACAUCUCUAAAGGCCAGCACACCUGUUUAGUUAGAUACCUGAUCACAUGUCAAAAUGUCAGCACACCUGUUUAGUUAGAUACCUGAUCACAAGGCUAGCACAUCUGUUUAGUUAGAUACCUGAUCACAAGGCCAGCACACCUGUUUAGUUAGAUACCUGAUCACAAGGCCAGCACACCUGUUUAGUUAGAUACCUGAUCACAAGGCCAGCACACCUGUUUAGUUAGAUACCUGAUCACAAGGCCAGCACACCUGUUUAGUUAGAUACCUGAUCACAAGGCCAGCACACCUGUUUAGUUAGAUACCUGAUCACAAGGCCAGCACACCUGUUUAGUUAGGUACCUGAUCACAAGGCCAGCACACCUGUUUAGUUAGAUACCUGAUCACAUGGCCAGCACACCUGUUUAGUUAGAUACCUGAUCACAAGGCCAGCACACCUGUUUAGUUAGAUACCUGAUCACAAGGCCAGCACACCUGUUUAGUUAGAUACCUGAUCACAAGGCCAGCACACCUGUUUAGUUAGAUACCUGAUCACAAGGUCAGCACACCUGUUUAGUUAGAUACCUGAUCACAUCUCUAAAGGUCAGCACACCUGUUUAGUUAUAUACCUGAUCACAUCUCUAAAGGCCAGCACACCUGUUUAGUUAGAUACCUGAUCACAUUUCUAAAGGCCAGCACACCUGUUUAGUUAGAUACCUGAUCACAUGUCAAAAUGUCAUCACACCUGUUUAGUUAGAUACCUGAUCACAUCUCUAAAGGUCAGCACACCUGUUUAGUUAGAUACCUGAUCACAUGUCAAAAGGUCAGCACACCUGUUUAGUUAGAUACCUGAUCACUGUGUUGUGAUUUUCACUUAGUGUCCCUCCUUCUUCUCAUCCAUGUUUCCCCCUGACCGUCCGGUGUGUUCUCUCGUCCAGAGCUGAGCGUUGGCAUGACGACAGAGGGCAUCGACGUGAGAAGUGUGGGCAACACCCUGAUCCUACAUGAGACUGCCCUCAUAGAAGGCUUCAACCUCAAGGCUGCUAUAGAAUACCAGCUCAAAAACUGUGAGUACACUCAGUAGCCUUGUGGUUAGAAGGUUGAGAGUUCAAUCCCUGGCCGAGUCAAAAUGGGACCAGAUGUGUCUCUGCUUGGCUCUCAGCAUUAAGGAGAUAGAUUGGUGUCUAAGGCCCUGCGAUAGACUAGUGUCCUGUCCAGGGGGUGUACUGUACAUCAAGCUGUCUCACUACAGAAACAGGAGAUAGAAUAGUGUCCUGUCCAGGGGGUGUACUGUACAUCAAGCUGUCUCACUACAGAAACAGGAGAUAGACUAGUGUCCUGUCCAGGGGGUGUACUGUACAUCAAGCUGUCUCACUACAGAAACAGGAGAUAGACUAGUGUCCUGUCCAGGGGGUGUACUGUACAUCAAGCUGUCUCACUACAGAAACAGGAGAUAGACUAGUGUCCUGUCCAGGGGGUGUACUGUACAUCAAGCUGCCUCACUACAGAAACAGGAGAUAGACUAGUGUCCUGUCCAGGGGGUGUACUGUACAUCAAGCUGUCUCACUACAGAAACAGGAGAUAGACUAGUGUCCUGUCCAGGGGGUGUACUGUACAUCAAGCUGUCUCACUACAGAAACAGGAGAUAGACUAGUGUCCUGUCCAGGUGACAUAGUCAUAGUAUACCAGGCUGGCAUAGAGUACCAGCUGAAAAACUGUCAGUGCUCAUAGUAUACCAGGCUGGCAUAGAGUACCAGCUGAAAAACUGUCAGUGCUCAUAGUAUACCAGGCUGGCAUAGAGUACCAGCUGAAAAACUGUCAGUGCUCAUAGUAUACCAGGCUGGCAUAGAGUACCAGCUGAAAAACGGUCAGUGCUCAUAGUAUAACCAGGCUGGCAUAGAGUACCAGCUGAAAAACUGUCAGUGCUCAUAGUAUACCAGGCUGGCAUAGAGUACCAGCUGAUAAACUGUCAGUGCUCAUAGUAUAACCAGGCUGGCAUAGAGUACCAGCUGAAAAACUGUCAGUGCUCAUAGUAUACCAGGCUGGCAUAGAGUACCAGCUGAAAAACUGUCAGUGCUCAUAGUAUACCAGGCUGGCAUAGAGUACCACUGAUAAACUGUCAGUGCUCAUAGUAUACCAGGCUGGCAUAGAGUACCAGCUGAAAAACUGUCAGUGCUCAUAGUAUACCAGGCUGGCAUAGAGUACCAGCUGAUAAACUGUCAGUGCUCAUAGUAUACCAGGCUGGCAUAGAGUACCAGCUGAAAAACUGUCAGUGCUCAUAGUAUACCAGGCUGGCAUAGAGUACCAGCUGAAAAACUGUCAGUUGCUCAUAGUAUACCAGGCUGGCAUAGAGUACCCAGCUGAUAAACUGUCAGUGCUCAUAGUAUACCAGGCUGGCAUAGAGUACCCAGCUGAUAAACUGUCAGGUGCUCAUAGUAAUAACCAGGCUUGGCAUAGAGUACCAGCUGAUAAACUGUCAGUGCUCAUAGUAUACUGUCAGUGCUCAUAGUAAACAGGCUGGCAUAGAGUACCAGCUGAUAAACUGUCAGUGCUCAUAGUAUACCAGGCUGGCAUAGAUACCAGCUGAUAAAUGUCAGGCUCAUAGUAUACCAGGCUGGCAUAGAGUACCAGGCUGAAAUACAUGCUAUAAUGAUCAGGCUGGCAUAUAGAUACCAGCUGGUAAACGUCAGUGCAAAGUGAUACAGGCUGCAUAGAGUACCAGCUGAUAAACUUCAGUGUCAUAGUAUACAGGCUGGCAUAGUAUCCAGUGAUAAACUGUCAGUGAUCAUAGAUUACCGGCUGAUAGAUACCAGCUGAAAAAUGUCAGUGUCAAGUAUACCAGGCUGCAUAGAGUACCAGCUGAUAAACAUGUACAGUGCUCAUAGUAUCCAGGCUGAUCCAGGCGCGUACCAGCUGAUAAACUGCGUGCCAAGUUACAGGCUGGCAUAGAUACCAGGCUGAUAAAACUGUCAUAGCUCAUAGUAUACCAGGCUGGCAUAGAGUACCAGCUGAUAAACUGUCAGUGCUCAUAGUAUACCAGGCUGGCAUAGAGUACAGCUGAUAAACUGUCAGUGCUCAUAGUAUACAGGCUGGCAUAGAGUACCAGCUGAUAAAAUGUCAGUGCUCAUAGUAUACCAGGCUGGCAUAGAGUACCAGCUGAUAAAACUGUCAGUGCUCAUAGUAUACCAGGCUGGCAUAGAGUACCAGCUGAUAAACUGUCAGUGCUCAUAGUAUACCAGGCUGGCAUAGAGUAACCAGCUGAUAAACUGUCAGUGCUCAUAGUAUACCAGGCUGGCUAGAGUAACUCAGCUGCAAACUAUCAGGCUGAUAGUACCAGGCUGGCAUAAGAGUUCAGUGCUAUAAAUGCAGUGCAUAGAUACCAGCUGAUAGAACGUCAUACUGUAAGUACCAGGCUGGAUAGAGUACCAGCUGAUAAACUGUCAGUGCUCUAGUAUACCAGGCUGGCAUAGAGUACCAGCUGAUAAACUGUCAGUGCUCAUAGUAUACCAGGCGGCAUAGAGUACCAGCUGAUAAACUGUCAGUGCUCAUAGUAUACCAGGCUGGCAUAGAGUACCAGCUGAUAAACUGUCAGUGCUCAUAGUAUACCAGGCUGGCAUAGAGUACCAGCUGAUAAACUGUCAGUGCUCAUAGUAUACCAGGCUGGCAUAGAGUACCAGCUGAUAAACUGUCAGUGCUCAUAGUAUACCAGGCUGGCAUAGAGUACCAGCUGAUAAACGUCAGUGCUCAUAGUAUACCAGGCUGGCAUAGAGUUACCAGCUGAUAAACUGUCAGUGCUCAUAGUAUACCAGGCUGGCAUAGAGUACCAGCUGAUAAACUGUCAGUGCUCAUAGUAUACCAGGCUGGCAUAGAGUACCAGCUGAUAAACUGUCAGUACUCAUAGUAUACCAGGCUGGCAUAGAGUACCAGCUGAAAAACUGUCAGUGCUCAUAGUAUACCAGGCUGGCAUAGAGUACCAGCUGAUAAACUGUCAGUGCUCAUAGUAUACCAGGCUGGCAUAAGACGUACCAGCUGAUAAACUGUCAGUGCUCAUGUAUACCAGGCUGGCAUAGAGUACAGCUGAUAAACUGUCAGUGCUCAUAGUAUACCAGGCUGGCAUAGAGUACCAGCUGAUAAACGGUCAGUGCUCAUAGUAUACCAGGCUGGCAUAGAGUACCAGCUGAUAAAACUGUCAGUGCUCAUAGUUACCAGGCUGGCAUAGAGUACCAGGAAUAAACUGUCAGUGCUCAUAGUAUACCAGGCUGGCAUAGAGUACCAGCUGAAAAACUGUCAGUGCUCAUAGUAUACCAGGCUGGCAUAGAGUACCAGCUGAUAAACUGUCAGUGCUCAUAGUAUACCAGGCUGGCAUAGAGUACCAGCUGAUAAACUGUCAGUGCUCAUAGUAUACCAGGCUGGCAUAGAGUACCAGCUGAUAAACUGUCAGUGCUCAUAGUAUACCAGGCUGGACACUAGCCUAGGUACCAGAACUGUUUGUGCUAUCAUUCCACAUAGUAUACAAGGCUGCCAUCGAGUACCAUUAUUUUACCAGAAAGGUACCAUAGUUUUGCAAGUUGCAACUCUAGGUCUCACCUCUCUGUCUAUCUGUCUGUCUCCAGGUGAUGCAGCUCAGGAGGCCUUGACUGACAUGCCGCCCAGAUCAGAGGAGGUACUGUCUGUGUGUGUGUGUGUACUUGUGUGUGUCUACUUCUGUCAGCCCUACCACACAUGUAGGUUGGAGACAGUGCUGCUGUAACGUAUAUCUCUAUCUGUGGCUCAGAGGGUGCUGCCCUCUAGUGGCCAUCUACAUCAACACACACACACUGACGGGGAUCAGGGGAACGGGAGCACUCUGUCAGACAGAAAGCUGUUGGAACGUGUGUGUGUGUGUCCUUGAGCAAGUACUAGCUCAAAAACUGUGCAUGUCCAUCCAUGGGCGCUGCCCUGAGGCUGACCCUGGGCCUGUCAACGUGUGUGUGUGUGUCUGGGGGUGUUGGGAAAGGCACCAGAAACAUUCUCCUUCUAACCAAUGGACAAUGAAAUAUCUAUUGUAUUCUAGGAGCUGGACCCAGUGACGCUCCACAACCAGGCCCUGAUGAACAUGGAUAAGAAGCCAUCGGAGGGUUUUGAGAAACUAGCCUUCCUCCUGCAGCAGAUCCCCUUUCCCCCAGUCACCUUCGGAAACCUGCUGCUACUAUACUGCAAAUAUGAGGUAGGGCAUUCUGCUGUACUCUACUAUAUUAUACUAUACUAUUAUACUGUACUCUACUAUAUUAUACUAUACAAUAUUAUACUAUACUCUAAUGCUGCUACUAUACUGCAAACAUGAGGUAGGGCAUUCUGCUGUACUCUACUAUAUUAUUAUACUUAUUAUACUAUACUAUUAUACUGUACUAUAUUAUACUAAUAUACUGUGAUAUACUAUUAUACCUCUACUAUUAUAAUUUACUCUACUGCUGCUGCUCUACUGCAAAUACUAGGUAGGACACUCUACAGUACUCUACUAUAUAUACUAUACUAUACCACUGUAUAUCUACUAUACUCUACUACUGUAUGUCUACUAUACAAUACAAUACUACUGUAUAUAUACUAUACUACUGUAUAUUUACUAUAAUCUACUAUACUAUACUUUAUAUCUACUAUACACUACUAUGCUCUACUACUGUAUAUCUACUAUACUCUACUGUACCUUAGUAUACUCUACUACUGUAUAUUUACUAUAGUCUUCUAUACUAUACGACUUUAUAUCUACUGUACUCUAGUACUGUAUAUUUACUAUACUCUACUAGUGUAUAUUUACUAUACACUACUAUGCUAUACUACUGUAUAUAUACUCUACUGUACCUUAGUAUACUACUGUAUAUAUACUAUACUCUACAACUGUAUAUCUACUAUACUCUACUGUACCUUAGUAUACUAUACUACUGUAUGUAUACUAUACUCUACUGUACCUUAGUAUACUAUACUCUAUGUCUACUAUAAUAUACUGUGCCUUAGCAUACUCUACUACUGUAUAUCUAAUGUACCUUAGUAUACUCUACUACUGUAUGUAUACUAUACUCUACUGUACCUUAGUAUACUAUACUCUAUGUCUACUAUAAUAUACUGUGCCUUAGCAUUCUCUACUACUGUAUAUCUAAUGUACCUUAGUAUACUCUACUACUGUAUGUAUACUAUACUCUACUGUACCUUAGUAUACUCUACUACUGUAUGUAUACUAUACUCUAAUGUACCUUAGUAUACUCUACUACUGUAUGUAUACUAUACUCUACUGUACCUUAGUAUACUAUACUCUAUGUCUACUAUAAUAUACUGUGCCUUAGCAUUCUUUACUACUGUAUAUCUAAUGUACCUUAGUAUACUCUACUACUGUAUGUAUACUAUACUCUACUGUACCUUAGUAUACUCUACUACUGUAUGUAUACUAUACUCUAAUGUACCUUAGUAUACUCUACUACUGUAUGUAUACUAUACUCUACUGUACCUUAGUAUACUAUACUCUAUGUCUACUAUAAUAUACUGUGCCUUAGCAUUCUCUACUACUGUAUAUCUAAUGUACCUUAGUAUACUCUACUACUGUAUGUAUACUAUACUCUACUGUACCUUAGUAUACUCUACUACUGUAUGUAUACUAUACUCUAAUGUACCUUAGUAUACUCUACUACUGUAUGUAUACUAUACUCUACUGUACCUUAGUAUACUAUACUCUAUGUCUACUAUAAUAUACUGUGCCUUAGCAUACUCUACUACUGUAUGUAUACUAUACUCUACUGUACCUUAGUAUACUAUACUCUACUGUACCUUGGUAUACUAUACUCUACUGUGCCUUAGUAUACUAUACUACUGUAUGUAUACUAUACUCUACUGUACCUUAGUAUACUAUACUCUAUGUCUACUAUAAUAUACUGUGCCUUAGCAUACUCUACUACUGUAUAUCUAAUGUACCUUAGUAUACUCUACUACUGUAUGUAUACUACACUCUACUGUACCUUAGUAUACUAUACUCUAUGUCUACUAUAAUAUAUUGUGCCUUAGCAUACUCUACUACUGUAUAUCUAAUGUACCUUAGUAUACUCUACUACUGUAUGUAUACUAUACUCUACUGUACCUUAGUAUACUAUACUCUAUGUCUACUAUAAUAUACUGUGCCUUAGCAUACUCUACUACUGUAUAUCUACAUUUACAUUUACAUUUUAGUCAUUUAGCAGACGCUCUUAUCCAGAGCGACUUACAGUUAGUGAGUGCAUACAUUAUUUUUUUUAUUUUUUAAAAUACUUUUUAUAUCUAAUGUACCUUAGUAUACUCUACUACUGUAUGUAUACUAUACUCUACUGUACCUUAGUAUACUCUACUACUGUAUAUCUACUAUACUCUACUGUACCUUAGUAUACUCUACUACUGUAUGUAUACUAUACUCUACUGUACCUUAGUAUACUAUACUCUAUGUCUACUAUAAUAUACUGUGCCUUAGCAUACUCUACUACUGUAUGUAUACUAUACUCUACUGUACCUUAGUAUACUAUACUCUACUGUACCUUAGUAUACUAUACUAUAUGUCUACUAUAAUAUACUGUGCCUUAGCAUACUAUACUACUGUAUGUAUACUAUACUCUACUGUACCUUAGUAUACUAUACUCUGCUGUACCUUAGUAUACUAUACUCUACUGUACCUUAGUAUACUCUUCUACUCUAUGUCUACUAUAAUAUACUGUGCCUUAGUAUACUCUACUACUGCUGAUAUAAACCUCCAAUACAAGGUAGGUUUUCACACCACCUCCACACACAUGUGAAAUAUAAACCAUUGUUUCCAUAAACAAAUGCAUCCCUGUUGUAAAGAAAUCUUGUCAGAGGUGUUCCAUGCUGUGUUCUACAUUUAGUAAGCAUUUAGAAGAUCAACCUUUCCAUCAUGCGUUUUAAUGAAGACCGACCGUGCUGCUGUCCUGCUGUUCUGGAGACCAAAGACUUGUUUUGCGUCCCAAAUGGCACCCUGUUCCCUUUAUAGUGCGCUGAUUUAGACCAGAGCCCCUAUAUAGGGAUGAUAUUUCCUGGUAAAAAGUAGUGCACUAUAAAGGGAAUAGGGUGCCAUUUGGGACGCGGGCAAAUUAAAAUGGUGUUAAUGUCUCUGCUGGACUCUCUCUCUCUCUCAGUAUUUUGACCUGGCUGCUGAUGUGAUGGCAGAGAAUGCACACCUCACCUACAAGUUCCUCACCCCGGUAAAUAACACAGGUCCCUUGCCUUUCAUUGUCCUUUCUUUUCAUGCUACAUCCCUACAGUCAGUAACUAGGGAUAGUUCUCCUGUUCUUGUCACACAUCCCCAAUUCAUUUUCUGGUCCAGUUUCUCCUGCUAUGUUAUUAAACCAUUUAUCUCUGUCCUCUCUGUGUUCCAGUAUCUGUAUGAGUUUCUGGACGCCAUGUUGACCUGCCAGACAGCUCCAGAGGAGGUAACAAAAAAACACUCUACUACACACCAUUUACACCCUGUACUCCCUACUGCCUACUAGUACUAAUCACCCUAUACUACCUACUCCCUACUAGUACUAAUCACCCUAUACUACCUACUCCCUACUAGUACUAAUCACCCUAUACUACCUACUCCCUACUAGUACUAAUCACCCUAUACUACCUACUCCCUACUAGUACUAAUCACCCUAUACUACCUACUCCCUACUAGUACUAAUCACCCUAUACUACCUACUCCCUAGUACUAAUCACCCUAUACUACCUACUCCCUAGUACUAAUCACCCUAUACUACCUACUCCCUACUAGUACUAAUCACCCUAUACUACCUACUCCCUAGUACUAAUCACCCUAUACUACCUACUCCCUAGUACUAAUCACCAUAUACUACCUACUCCCUACUAGUACUAAUCACCCUAUACUACCUACUCCCUAGUACUAAUCACCCUAUACUACCUACUCCCUACUAGUACUAAUCGCCCUAUACUACCUACUCCCUACUAGUACUAGUCACCCUAUACUACCUACUCCCUACUAGUACUAAUCACCCUAUACUACCUACUCCCUAGUACUAAUCACCCUAUACUACCUACUCCCUAGUACUAAUCACCCUAUACUACCUACUCCUACUAGUACUAAUCACCCUAUACUACCUACUCCCUACUAGUACUAAUCACCAUAUACUACCUACUCCCUAGUACUAAUCACCCUAUACUACCUACUCCACUAAGUACUAAUCACCUAUACUACCUACUCCUACUAGUACUAAUCACCUAUACUACCUACUGCCUAGUACUAAUCACCAUAUACUACCUACUCCCUACUAGUACUAAUCACCAUAUACUACCUACUCCCUACUAGUACUAAUCACCCUAUACUACCUACUGCCUAGUACUAAUCACCAUAUACUACCUAUACUCCCUACUAGUACUAAUCACCCUAUACUACCUACUCCCUACUAGUACUAAUCACCCUAUACUACCUACUCCCUACUAGUACUAAUCACCCAUAUACUACCUACUCCCUUACUAGUACUAAUCACCCUAUACUACCUACUCCCUACUAGUACUAAUCGCCCUAUACUACCUACUCCCUACUAGUACUAAUCACCCUAUACUACCUACUCCCUACUAGUACUAGUCACCCUAUACUACCUACUGCCUACUAGUACUAGUCACCCUAUACUACCUACUCCCUACUAGUACUAAUCACCCUAUACUACCUACUCCCUACUAGUACUAAUCACCCUAUACUACCUACUCCCUAAUAAUAAUCACCCUAUACUACCUACUCCCUAGUACUAAUCACCCUAUACUACCUACUCCCUACUAGUACUAAUCACCCUAUACUACCUACUCCCUACUAGUACUAAUCACCCUAUACUACCUACUCCCUAGUACUAAUCACCCUAUACUACCUACUCCCUACUAGUACUAAUCACCCUAUACUACCUACUCCCUACUAGUACUAAUCACCCUAUACUACCUACUCCCUACUAGUACUAAUCACCCUAUACUACCUACUCCCUACUAGUACUAAUCACCCUAUACUACCUACUCCCUACUAGUACUAAUCACCCUAUACUACCUACUCCCUACUAGUACUAAUCACCCUAUACUACCUACUCCCUACUAGUACUAAUCACCCUAUACUACCUACUCCCUACUAGUACUAAUCACCCUAUACACCUACUCCUACUAGUACUAAUACCCUAUACUACCUACUCCCUACUAGUACUAAUCACCCUAUACUACCUACUGCCUACUAGUACUAAUCACCCUAUACUACCUACUGCCUAGUACUAAUCACCCUAUAACUACCUACUCCCUACUAGUACUAAUCACCUCCUAUACUACCUACUUCCCUACUAGUACUAAUCACCCUAUACUACCUACUCCCUACUAGUACUAAUCACCCUAUACUCCCACUCCCUACUAGUACUAAUCAUCCUAUACUACCUACUCCCUAGUACUAAUCACCCUAUACUACCUACCCCUAGUACUAAUCAACCCUAUACUACCUACAUCCCUACUAGUACUAAUCACCCUAUACUACCUACCCCUACUAGUACUAAUCACCUAUACUACCUACCCCUACUAGUACUAAUCACCCUAUACUACCUACUCCCUACUAGUACUAAUCACCCUAUACUACCUACUCCUAUAGUACUAAUCACCAUAUACUACCUACUCCCUGGUACUAAUCACCCUAUACUACCUACUCCCUAGUACUAAUCACCUAUACUACCUACUCCCUACUAGUACUAAUCACCCUAUACUACCUACUCCCUACUAGUACUAAUCACCCUAUACUACCUACUCCCUACUAGUACUAAUCACCCUAUACUACCUACUCCCUAGUACUAAUCACCCUAUACUACCUACUCCCUAGUACUAAUCACCCUAUACUACCUACUUCCCUAGUACUAAUCACCCUACUACUCCCUACUAGUACUAAUCACACUAUAACUACCCUACUCCCUAGUACUAAUCACCCUAUACUACCUACUCCCUACUAGUACUAAUCACCCUAUACUACCUACUCCCUGACUAGUACUAAUCACCUAUACUACUACUCCUACUAGUACUAAUCACCCGUACUACCUUACCCCUAGUACUACUCACCCUAUACUACCUACUCCCUAGUACUAAGCACCCUAUAACUACCUAAUCCCUAGUACUAAUCACCCUAUACUACCUACUCCCUACUAGUACUAAUCACCUAUACUACCUACUCCCUACUAGUACUAAUCACCCUAUACGACCUACUCCCUAGGUACUAAUCACCCUAUACUACCUACUCCUAGUACUAAUCACCCUAUACACCUACUCCCUACUAGUACUAAUCACCCUAUACUACCUACCCUACUAGUACUAAUCAACCCUAUACUACCUACUCCCUACUAGUAUAAUCACCCUAACUACCUACUCACCUAGUACUAAUCACCCUAUACUACCUACUCCCUAGUACUAAUCACCCUAUACACCUACUCCCUACUAGUACUAAUCACCCUAUACUACCUACUCCUACUAGUACUAAUCACCCUAUAUACCUACUCCCUACUAGUACUAAUCACCCUAUACUACCUACUCCGUAGUACUAAUCACCCGAUACACCUACUCCCUAGUACUAAUCACCCUAUACUAACCUACUCCCUAGUACUAAUCACCCUAUACUACCUACUCCCUACUAGUACUAAUCACCCUAUACUACCUACUCCUACUGUACUAAUCACCCAUAUACUACCUACUCCCUACUAGUACUAAUCACCCUAUACUACCUACUCCCUACUAGUUAAAUCACCCUAUACUACCUACUCCCUACUAGUACUAAUCACCCUAUACUACCUACUCCCUAGUACUAAUCACCCUAUACUACCUACUCCCUAGUACUAAUCACCCUAGACUACCUACUCCCUACUAGUACUGAUCACCCUAUACUACCUACUCCCUACUAGUACUAAUCACCCUAUACUACCUACUCCCUACUAGUACUAAUCACCCUAUAACUACCUACUCCCUACUAGUACUAAUCACCCUAACUACCUACUCCCUACUAGUACUAAUCACCCUUAUACUACCUACUGCCUACUAGUACUAAUCACCCUAUACUACCUACUCCCUACUAGUACUAAUCACCCUAUACUACCUACUGCCUAGUACUAAUCACCCUAUACUACCUACUCCCAACUAGUACUAAUCACCCUAUACUACCUACUCCCUACUAGUACUAAUCACCCUAUACUACCUACUCCCUACUAGUACUAAUCACCCUAUACUCCCCUACUCCCUACUAGUACUAAUCACCCAUACUACUACUGCCUAGUACUAAUCACCCUAAUACCUACUCCCUACUAGUACUAAGUCACCCUUACUACCUACUCCCUACUAGUACUAAUCACCCUAUACUACCUACUCCCUACUAGUACUAAUCACCCUAUACUACCUACUCCCUACUAGUACUAAUCACCCUAUACUAGCAUCAACCUUCAGUAGCAUUAAACACACCACUACUACACACAUAUAUUUGUGUUUCAUGUUUUAGCCAAUGACCUGAAUGUUCGAGUAAUGUAAUGAACCAGUCCUCUAUAAUACAGAGUGUUUAAAGUCCUGUGUCAUUGUUGCUGCUGUUUGUUCACUCUGAGGUAUAUAUCCCUGUCUCUGAUCACGUCUCUGUUGUGUUUGACCAUCGCAGGCCUUCAGGAAGUUUGAUGAGAUGAACGCCAAGUUGACAGAUCAACUACGCAAGCUGGCCAAACAGGUUACGUUCUUCCAGUCUCCUCUCUUUCUGUCAUCCUAUGUUGUCUGUUUAUCCUGUUAUCCUGUUGAUGUUGUCUGUUUAUUCUGGUUCUUCGGCUGUCCCUAUAGGAGAACCCUUUUUGGUUCCAGGUAGAACUUGUUGGGGUUCCAUGUAGUACCCUCUGUGGAAAGGGUUCUACAUGGAACUCAAAAGGGUUCUACCUGGAACCAAAAAGGGUUCUUCAAAGGGUUCUCCUAUGGGGACGGCCGAAGAACCCUUUUAGGUUCUAGAUAGCCCCUUUUUUUCUAAGAGUGUAUUCCCUAUAUGGUGCACUACUUUUGAGUAGAGCCCUAUGAGAAUAGGGUGCCAUUUGGGAUGCACACUUACCUUUUCCAAGCCUUCUACAGCCCAGUCAUUUUUCUGAUCUGGUCACAUUGGAGCUGUUGAACCUUUAAUAGCUUUAUAUUGUUCCUCUCAGCUAUCAGUCAAGUUUUCCCCUUAACUGUUCAGGAUAGAGUGAUAGACUAUUCUGUGUUAUCAGUGGUGAUUUUAGCAUAUAAAUCCUGGUGGGGCAAACUAAAAAAUAUAUUUUUUUGUAGCAUGCCAGCAAAGCCACAACACAACACUAAACAAUACAUUAAUUGCACUAUAACGGUGACAAACGGUGCCCACAAACUGUUAGGGCCUACAUAAAGCAGAGUCCCAACAGCAGUCCCAACACCUUACCACUGCUACACCUGGCUAUCAGCGGGGCCUUGUCUGGCAGCGAAACAGUUCAUUCAGCCUCAUUUACUGCCUUUAAAAAAACAUAGCUGAUAUGGCUGACUUGCUUAAACAAAUGUGGUUUCUACUGACAAUUGAGAUGUCCAAACUAUGGCGUAAGGGGACGACGAGCGGAUAAGAGGCAAUCCAUAAUUUCGAUAAAGACAUUAAUGAGCGAGCUAGGACGGACGUAGUCUAACUAACUUUGUUAGUGAGGCACAUGGGCUACUAACAGCUUACUACACAACUUACACUUAGUAUUACUUUCUUAGCUACAAUAUACAUAUCUCCCUGGCAUAUUACAUCAUUUACGCAGCAGCAUACAAUACAUUUUUGGACUCACUUUGUUGUGCUGUGCUCACUUGAACAGGAAGGUGGCGUGGCGGUCCUUCGUGGGCAAAUUUUGUCAUCAACCUUUGUCAAGUCUGGCAUUCUCUGGAUUUAUGGUGCUUUCAAGACAACCUUGAACUCUGAAAAAUCAAGGUCGAAUUAUGACAUUAGUGAUCUCCAGGUCGGAGCUCUAGAAAGAGGCCCGAGUUCCUGACUUGCAAUUCCGAGUUGGAUGAACCGUUCAAAACAUAUUUUUUUCCCAAUCAGAGCUAGUUUUUUUCCGAGUUCCCAGUUGUCUUGAAUGUGGCAGAAGUCAUGCUGGAUUGACAGCAUGGCCAAUGUUGAAUGUUUAUCCUUUUAAGCUUGGAGAAGAGACCCUUAAACCCAGACUUGGACCACACACCCACUCCACUUCCAAACCACUCAUUGUUGAAUUUGCGAUUUCCAACUUGUUGUGUAAUGUUUAUGUUCAAUGGCCGAUGAGCACCGAUACGUUUUAUCUAUAAUUUCUCUUCAUAUGACAAGGAUUGAAAAGGAUUUGGCAGUAGAUUGUCGACUUGAUUCAUGAUGAUGACUGCUAGCUUGCUAGCUUAAGAUUUUGAAAGUAUGAUGUUGACAUGAUCAGUCCAAUCAAAGCUACAGUAGACAGAACGUGAUUUGACAUCAUUUUAUCUGUGGCCAAUGACCUUGAGCCUUCUUGGAUGGGCACUUCUAACGUAACUCUAUGGCAGCAUCCAAGGGGCUUGAAUGUUUGACCUCUCUGCCCUGAAUGGCGGGGCGCCACUGUGUGUUAUUAUUGGAGAGAACAACAUGCAUUCAAUUGCAAUAAUAAAGCAUCCAGUCCAAACCCUGUUUGUCCACAGUCAACUACAGGAAGCCAGGCUAGCCCGUAACCUGUGUGUAAUCUUUGUCUCUAAGGUGCAGGAAGCCAGGCUAGCCCGUGAUAACGAAGCCUUGAAGAAGACCCUCCAGGACUACGAUGAGAUGGUGGAGAAGUGAGUAGACCCUGCCCCUACUGAGUAUUCUCCUGUCUGAUUGGUGGCUUACCUCACCUUUCUCUUCCCUGAUUGGUGGCUUACCUCACCUUUCUCUUCCCUGAUUGGUGGCUUACCUCACCUACUCUGCUGGUUGGUCAGUUUGGUCCAUUAUUCUUCCUGAUCAGUGGCUGGUCUGGCCCUUCUCCCUUUCUGAUUGGCUGAAUGGUACAUUACCACUACUUCCAUAUUGGUGACUUGACCUCACCCAGGCUAAGAUCUACUGGUAUAUAACUGUUGUCCUAUCCUGUAGGUACAUCCCAGUGCUGAUGACCCAGGCUAAGAUCUACAGGUAUAUAACUGUUGUCCUAUCCUGUAGGUACAUCCCAGUGCUGAUGGCCCUGGCUAAGAUCUACUGGUAUAUAACUGUUGUCCUAUCCUGUAGGUACAUCCCAGUGCUGAUGACCCAGGCUAAGAUCUACAGGUAUAUAACUGUUGUCCUAUCCUGUAGGUACAUCCCAGUGCUGAUGGCCCAGGCUAAGAUCUAUUGGUAUAUAACUGUUGUCCUAUCCUGUAGGUACAGUACCAGUCAAACGUUUGGACACACCUACUCAUUCCAGGGUUUUUCUUUAUUUUUACUAUUUUUUACAUUGAAGAAUAAUAGUGAAGACAUCAAAACUAUGAAAUAACACAUAUGGAGUCAUGUAGUAACCAAAAAAGUGUUCAACAAAUCAAAAUAUAUUGUAUAUUUGAGAUUCUUCAAAUAGACAUCCUUUGCUUUGAUGACAGCUUUGCACACUAUUGGCAUUCUCUCAACCAGCUUCAUGAGGUAGUCACCUGGAAUGCAUUUUAAUUAACAGGUGUGCCUUCUUAAAAGUUAAUUUGUGGAAUUUCUUUCCUUCUUAAUGCGUUUGAGCCAAUCAGUUGUGUUGUGACAAGUUAGGGGGGGUAUACAGAAGAUAGCCCUAUUUGGUAAAAGACCAAGUCCAUAUUAUGGCAAGAACAGCUCAAAUAAGCAAAGAGAAACGACAGUCCAUCAUUACUUUAAGACAUGAAGGUCAGUCAAUCCAGAAAAUGUAAAGAACUUUGAAAGUUUCUUCAAGUGCAGUCGCAAAAACCAUCAAGUGUUAUGAUGAAACUGGCUCUCAUGAGGACCGCCACAGGAAUGGAAGAUCCAGAGUUACCUCUGCUGCAGAGGAUAAGUUCAUUAGAGUUAACUGCACCUCAGAUUGCAGCCCAAAUAAAUGCUUCACAGAGUUCAAGUAACAGACACAUCUCAACAUCAACUGUUCAGAGGAGACUGCGUGAAUCAGGCCUUCAUGGUCAAAUUGCUGCAAAGAAACCACUACUAAAGGACAUCAAUAAGAAGAAAAGACUUGCUUGGGCCAAGAAACACGAGCAAUGGACAUUAGACUGGUGGAAGUGUGUCCUUUGGUCUGGAGUCCAAAUUUGAGAUUUUUGGUUCCAACCGCCAUGUCUUUGUGAGAUGUGGUGUGGGUGAACGGAUGAUCUCUGCAUGUGUAUUUCCCACCGUAAAGCAUGGAGGAGGAGGUGUUAUGGUGUGGGGGUGCUUUGCUGGUGACACUGUCUGUGAUUUAUUUAGAAUUCAAGGCACACUUAACCAGCAUGGCUACCACAGCAUUCUGCAGCAAUACGCCAUCCCAUCUGGUUUGGGCUUAGUGGGACUAUCAUUUGUUUUUCAACAGGACAAUGACCCAACACACCUCCAGGCUGUGUAAGGGCUAUUUGACCAAGAAGGAGAGUGAUGGAGUGCUGCAUCAGAUGACCUGGCCUCCACAAUCACCCGACCUCAACCCAAUUGAGAUGGACCGCAGAAUGAAGGAAAAGCAGCCAACAAGUGCUCAGCAUAUGUGGGAACUCCUUCAAGACUGUUGGAAAAGCAUUCCAGGUGAAGCUGGUUGAAGGAAUGCCAAGAGUGUGCAAAGCUGUCAUCAAGGCAAAGGGUGGCUACUUUGAAGAAUCUAAAAUGUAAAAUAUAUUUUGAUUUGUUUAACACUUUUUUGGUUACUACAUGAUUCCAUAUGUGUUAUUUCAUAGUUUUAAUGUCUUCACUAUUAUUCUACAAUGUAGAAAAUAGUACAAAUAAAGAAAAACCCUUGAAUGAUUAGCUGUGUCCAAACCGUUGACUGGUACUGUACAUCCUAGUGCUGAUGAUCAUCUACUGGUAUAUAACUGUUGUCCUAUCCUGUAGGUACAUCCCAGUGCUGAUGGCCCUGGCUAAGAUCUACUGGUAUAUAACUGUUGUCCUAUCCUGUAGGUACAUCCCAGUGCUGAUGGCCCAGGCUAAGAUCUACUGGUAUGUAACUGUUGUCCUAUCCUGUAGGUACAUCCCAGUGCUGAUGGCCCAGGCUAAGAUCUACUGGAACAGGGAGAACUACCAGAUGGUUGAGAAGAUCUUCCGUAAGUCGGUGGAGUUCUGUAACGAACACGACACCUGGAAGCUCAACGUGGCUCACGUGCUCUUCAUGCAGGAGAACAAGUACAAGGAGGCCAUUGGCUUCUACGAACCCAUCGUUAAGAAACACUACGACAACGUGAGUUAA